GGGCAGGCUUCUGCUGUACGGGGAGUGUCAUAACCUCUAAUAAAAGAGUCCUUUACAAUAAUGUUUGUGGAUCUAGGGUGGAGGGCAGCUGCCCCCCACCCCUUGGCUAUGCCCAUAUAUAUAUUUCACUUUUUUCCUGUUGUAAAACGCCCUGUGAUCUUCAGAUUAAAAAGGUAGGAUAGAAAUUUAAUAAACGGUACUUGCCCUAUGAGGUGUCAAAAAAGGUUAUUUAUGCAUGCCACUUCUGCAGCCUGUGUUUUGUUAACCCAAAAAGGGAAAACGAGCGAGGGUCCCAACUAAAGAGGAAUGGCAACUUAAACUAAUGGAAUAUGUGCAGCUUGCAGAUCUAACAUAUAGAAGAAGAACAUACAUUUAAAGUAGAUUGGAAAAUGUUUAUGGAAUAUAUGGGGGGAAAUUGUGUACACUUGGAAACGUUAAGAUAAAUUCAACAGUGUAAAUAAGUUUUGAUAAGAUGUAAUAAUGGAAUACUGAAUGGCUUGGUUUAUAUAAAAUAUGCAGGGAUUUAUGUCAUGCAAAAUGAACCAUGGAAGGAGAAGAAGGGAAGUCAAUGAUAUUUUAAGGUUGGUUAAAUGAAUAUUCUAAAUUGUAAAACAUAAAAUGUAAUAAAUACUGUGUGUGUGUGAUUAAGCAGCUGGGAAAUCAGGGUUCAAAUUCUGACUAGGCCAUGGAGCUCAGGGGGUGGAAUUUGAACCCUGAUCACCCAGCUGCUUAAAUCAGCCACACUUUGAACCGUUCGUGUGCUGCUGCUGCUGCAGGUGUGGGGCUCCCCAGGUGCGCCGGGUUGGCCUUCAGGUUUUUUACGCCUCCUUCGCUAUAACCCGGCCAGGAGAGACGGAGGGAGAGGCCUGAGGGUCUCUCCACGCGCGCGCCCCACUUCCCCUUUGAAUGCCGGCGGGGAGAGCCGCAGCCUUGCCCAAAGCCCCUCUGUUGGCGGCGGCGGCUCCUCCUCAGCUCAGCGGAGCGGAAGGCAAGCGCUGCAAAGAGCGGCCUCAAAAGCGGCCCGCCUCUCCGCCGCCCACACGACCGACUCCCAUGGCCCUCUCUGAGGCCCAGGCCUGCGGGAGGCGGCUUCUGUGGUCCCCACCGAGGGUCGUCCUCUUCGGAGACUCCAUCACUGAGGUAAUUCUCCCGAGGGGUGGCUUCUCCUCCUCCUCGCCGCCAGCGGUUGGGAAGGCGGGUCACGACGGCGAAGGCCGGCCCAGGGGCCUUCGCCUGCUCUUUCUCAAAGCGUCGCCCCUGACGCCUCGCCGUAGGGCCUUGUCCUACCCCACUUCUGAUUUCCCCGCCGACAACAACGGCUCCUGUUCCCACCCGCCACCCGUUCACGAGCCCCUGAGAAGCAGAAUUGCAAGAGCGGGCAGGGAAGCUGACUUGGUUUUUGUCUUGCUGCAGACACAGGAGUGGGGUCUGGGUGGGGAAAUCAGCAUUGUUGUUGUUAUAGUAAUUUUGAGGUCUCAAAUAUAGAAUAAGUAUUCAUAAAUGCACACAUAUCUAAAUAUAUAUGAACCAUGUGUCUGAAAUAGUAUGGGAGAGCAAUCCUAAAGGCAUGUUGACACUCCCAAUGAACUCAAAUACUCCUCUGCAGUAAAGGAAGGCAAAUGUAACCUGAGGCUAAGGACCCACGGGCCCUUGUUCCUCGGUGGAGUGUGGGGUGGCCUCGCAGCCUUUGCUCUCCUGAUGCUGAUACUGUCAGCCGGCAGAGCUGCAUAGAAUCCUAGCUCUGUAGUCUUGGAAGAGACCCCCAAGGGUCAUCUAGCCCAACCCUCUGCAGGAAUCACAGGUUUUGACCUUUAAAGCCUUUUGUGGCUUAGGGCCCUCAUAUUUAUGGGACUGCCACUCCUGGUCUGCCCUGCAGAGGACCUUAAGGUCCAUGAAUAACCAUAGUUUAGAGGUCCCGGGCCUUAAGGAAGUCAGACUAUCCUCCACCAGGGCCAGGGCCUUCUCAGUGAUGGCUCCGACCUGGUGGAAUGCUCUGUCCCAGGAGACUAGGGCCCUUCAGGAUUUAACUUCCUUCCGCAGGGCCUGUAAGACAGAGCUUUUCUGCCUAGCCUUUAAUUUGAAUUCAGCCUGAUCUUUUAUUUCUCUUCUCUUCCCUCCCCCUUCCAUUUUAUGAAGAUUACCUGCUCUGAGACCCCACAGCUAAUUCUCCCCUGGCCGCCUCACUGGCCCAAGUAGGACCAAUUCAGCCAUCUAGCCCUGGUGACUAUCUAAUGCUUAUUGGAUGGAUUUCCCCCAGAUUGAUUUCUGAACUUUGAAUUUUAUUGUUAUUCAUGUUUUUAUACUGUAUUUUAUGCUGCUUCUAUGUUGUAUUACAAUUAAGUGUUUUCAAUUUGUUGUUAGCCACCCUGAGCCCGGUUUUCUGAACUGGGAAGGGCGGGGUAUAAAUAAAAUUUAUUUUUUUUAUUGUUAUUAUUAUUAUUAUUAUUACUAAAUGGGGAAAACCUUCCUAUUGUCUUUUGGCUUGCAAAUCCUGUCUUAAGGGCGUAUUUAUGUAUGAAUAAAGGGACGCGGGUGGCGCUGUGGUUUAAACCACUGAGCCUAGGGCUUGCCGAUCAGAAGGUCGGCAGUUCGAAUCCCCGCAACGGGCUCCCAUUGCUCGGUCCCUGCUCCUGCCAACCUAGCAGUUUGAAAGCACAUCAAAGUGCAAGUAGAUAAAUAGGUACCACUCUGGCGGGAAGGUAAACGGCGUUUCCGUGCGCUGCUCUGGUUUCGCCAGAAGCGGCUUAGUCAUGCUGGCCACAUGACCCGGAAAGACUGUCUGUGGACAAACACCGGCUCCCUCGGCCAAUAAAGCGAGAUGAGCAUUGCAACCCCAGAGCCGUUCGCGACUGGACUUAACUGUCAGGGGUCCUUUACCUUUUUAAAGUAAGCCUGUGACCUGGACUCGGGAACUAAAGUAUUGACCAUCACAAAAGAAUGGCCAGACUGCCCAGGUAUUGCCAUCAGUGACCACUCUCAGGUAUCCCGGCAGGUAUGAUUUCUGCUGUAGACCCCUUCCUUCUGUGAUGUAUGUAUGAUGUUUUAGGGGGGUGGUUUUGGGCUACAGGGUAGGCAGUUUCAAAAGUCUAUAUAAGGGCUUGUGCGUUAUUGUUCAGGGUUCUCCUCCCUCCUGUGUGUGGUGAGUGGUGACCCUGUUGCAACAGUUCCUUUAAUAAAGGAUCAGGCUUACUUUCCUACAGAUAGGGAACCCACUUAAGGACUCUAUACGAGCUCCGGAAUACCCCAUAAGGGAAAGGGAGCAGAUUUUUUUUCUUAUAACAUCAUUAUCAUCAUCAUCUCAGCAUCGUUGUUGUUAGUUGCUCGUCCUGCAAAAAGGUUGCCCAGCAACUUAACAGGAUUUAAAAUCACAAGUAUACAUUUGUGCACAAAAUUUGGCAAGAACGCAUGCAGCGUGUUAACACAUGCAAUAGCAGCUGCAGAAGUUUCAGCAGCUGCAGUUAACACCAAGCAAUGUUACUGGUCUUCAUCCAAUAAAACAUGGCGGGGGGGGGUGUACAUUUUUACCUGGUGCCCCAAAGUGCCAUUGAAGGCCAAGCUGAGUGUGAGAGGCUGGGAGCCACAUCUGAAAUGGUUUAGGAAGCAGAGUUUAAAAGACAGACACAGUGAAGCUUGCUGCUUGUACAUUCCGGUUUAAGAAUGAUUCAGUUUACAAACUCCGCAAAAUGGGAAAUAGUAUCCCGGUUUGAGAACUGUACCUCUGUCUAAGAACAGAAUCUGAACGGUGGAAGGGCACCGGCAGUGGGAGGCCUCAUUAGGGAAAGUGCACCUCGGUUUAAGAACAGUUUCGGUUUAAGAAUGGACUUCUGGAAUGGAUUAAGUUCGUAAGCCGAGGUACCACUGUAUGUUGAUUCAGCCUUGGUGGACUGGGGCAUCUGUUUUCGAAAUGCUGGUUUAAUACAAUGGCAACUGCCUAGGGCUGGCUCAAGGUUGAGGCCUCUUCUCUUGCCACUGCAGUGCAGGUAAAGAUAAGUGGGGCGUCCUCUAAACUCUCCAAGCAGUGGCACCGUGCAAAAGCAACCGUGGUGUUGUUAAUAACAGGGGGGUUGCUGUUGCCAGACCCCCUGCCCUUCAUCUGUCUUUACUCUCAUAAUUUACAAAAUCUGCAUACGAACACAAAGAUUUUUCUGAAUGUUCCUCCAUGGAAAGGAAAGCAAUCAUUUUUUGCAUUCAUCCUAUAGUUCGUUCAUUCAUUCAUUCAUUCAUUAUUUACUUAUUUGCAUCCUAAAUCCCCCCUCUCUCGCCUCACCCCCACCCCCCCACUGAGCUGUUUGCAGAAAUUGGUGUUAAAAGGGUCCCUACCAUCAGGCUUACAAUUUAAAAUUGUGCAACACACGAGGAAAAAAGGAAUAGGAGGGUGGAGGAAAGGUAGCUCUGUAGGGUGAAGCCUGGGCUUAAGCUUUUUGAAGCACUGAAACAUGCAAAGCUGCUCACUUGGGAAGGUUCAAGAAAAGUUUUGCUGCUUGGGUCUGUUGAUUGCAUUAAUUGGCCUUUCUUUCUUUAAUGUAUGUAUCUAUUUAGUGCCUUGGGAGCAAUGCUAGAGCAACAAGUUACCAGGUAAGAAGUGGUACUGCGUCCUAGCAGAUAGCCUUAGCUGAUGUACCGUAUUUUUCCGUGUAUAAGACGCCCCCAUGUAUAAGACGCCCCCAAUUUUGGGGACUCCAAAUUAAGAAAAUACCCCUCAGCACUACCUGUGUAUAAGAUGAGCCCCAAUUUUAAACCUAAUUUUUUGGUUAAAAAAACAACCUAGUCUUAUACACGGAAAAAUAUGGUAUAUUGUUUAACAGCAAGCCCGACUUGUCUGUGGAGUGAUGAUAGAGCAGCAGUACCACAGAGACCAGAAUGCUAGGGAGAGCAGGCAGGAAUGCAUUAUUUGGUCCAGUGACGUGUGACUUAAAUUAAUUUUGUUAAAUAUUCAUUACUUUCCUCUCGUUUAGUUUUCCUUCCAAGAAAAUGGAUGGGGAGCCUCACUUGCUCACCGCUUGGCUAGGUAAGACAUAGUUAAUGUUGUGUUUCAGCUGGGUUUAAAAAUGAAAUAUCUCAGGUGUUUAGGAAGAUAAUCUGAAAAUAAUUAUUCUUUUGAGAGCCUUCAUUUGUUUGAUGCGUAACAUCAAAAACCCCUGAUAAUUUUGUUCUUUUACUUCUUAAUUCUGAAGUUUAUUGGAAACAGUUAGUGAAAAUGUAAAGCCUCAGUUUUUAAGAAGCAAUUGCUUAAUACUAAAAGGAAGGUAAAGCAAACAAAACCUGCAAUCACAUAAAUCAGGAAAUGUGAGAGAAUACUGCCUGUAGAUGCACAAGUGCACACUCAUGCUGUGAAAAUAGGGCAUUCUGUUUUAACAUUGUGAAAUGUAGUUUACUGUGAGGAGUGGAGGAAAAGAAAGUAGAUACUUGUGCAGGCGGCUGACUAGUCUUCCACAUUCAGAGCAUGGUAUUAUUACAGGAUGACAUUUCUUUCCAAAUAUACUCCUUUUAGAAAAUGUGAUGUUCUGAAUCGCGGACUCUCUGGCUAUAACACAAGGUGGGCAAAAAUUGCUCUUCCAAGAUUGAUCAGCAAAGAUUCUGAUGCUAAGAACACUGUUGCUGUAACUGUCUUCUUUGGAGCCAAUGAUGGUGCUUUAAAAGGUGCAGUAUAGUUUUACUAUCCCCUUCCCACUCUUCUUCCCCAGAAUGGUUCAUCAGGUUGCAGUAGACAUGUAAUUGCAGAUAUUUGAGAGUUAGCAUUUCAAACACUUUAUUUUUAAACGUAUUUUUUUAAGGUUUAUGUGCUACCUUUCAAUAAAAAAUGUUUUCUGAGCAGCAUAGAAAUAAAACAAAAUACUAACUAAAGCAGCAAUGAAUUUUGCAUUUCUUUGUUUCUGUGGCCAAACAUACGGCAAAUUCCUGGCCUUGUAACACUGGUAGCUUCCUAUGCACUUAGCUCAGUGCUUGAGUGGUAAACUAGAGGGCUGGAAAGUGGGACUAAGCAGACACCUUUAAUUAUGGUUUAAAAGUGCAACCCAAGCCAUGUGAGCACUUCACAGCUCGCAGUUACUGCUGGCAGGAGUGUGGGCAAUGUUGGGUUAUCAGCGGCUGCUAGCCAUGGUGGCUAUGCUCUACCCUCAGUGUCCAUUGUACUCAGGUCCUGCUUGCUGGCUUCCCUGUCAUAGCCAUCUGGUUGGCCACUGUAAGAACAGAAUGCUGAACUAGACAAGCUCUUGUCCUGAUCUAACAGGGCUCUUAUGCUUUGAUGACAAGAAGGGAAUUGAGCGCAAGAUAAAACCACGGACAUUGGUGGACUGUAGGUGUUGGAUAUCUACUGAGUGCACCCCUGUCCCACUUCUGCAGGCACUGUUGAUUCUAGGAUUGCUUGUACCAAGGUGACAGGGAGAGCUGGGUAAAACAAUGAGAGGCACUCAUGACUGCAAAUCUCCCUCAACAUUCUGCCUGUGUUUGUGCGUGUGUGUAGGAAGAGAACAGGGCUGUGUUGUCUCUGCACGUAGAUUGUGCCUAUUCAGUUCAUCUCCCUCUAACUAAUAGUGUAAUAUUUAUACGCAAAAGUAGAAUUACAUUUGCUUAAAAUGACAGUUUAUCGUAUUUCUUGUCUUGUCUCAAUAACUCAUAGCUCAAUAUUUAUUUAUUCAAAUUGUCUCUAUUCCACUCCAUAGCAAAAUAAUAAAAAAAAAAUUUUAAGAAGUUGCCAGAGUGACUUAAAUAUAUCUACACAAAAAUACAGUCCUUGCCCUCAGGCUUACAAUCUUAAAAAAGACACAACAUAAAAGGAAAAUGGGUUAAGAGGGAGAAGAUAAGCACCCUCAGGUUAUAACUUCUUAGUCACAGAUUGGCCAGGAGGAGCCCAAAGUUGUUGGUUUCAGCUACACCAGUGGAGUGACCCCACUUCCCUUCCCUUUCUCUAUUGAAACCCGAUGUAAUGGCUGCUGGCAGGACAUAGUUGUUGGAGGAAGGAGCCUGGCUUCUCUGCAGAGCUGGUGUGGGUCCUGCAUCCCUUCUUCCCCUUCCUCUUCUGCAGCUUGAUGUAAUGUAAACAUAUAGUUGGCUUAUCAAUGGGCAUGGAUGCACACAUGGCCCAUUAGAGCAAUGCAGGUGGGAAGGUAAUGUGAACCAUCUUACCUAAAUGUAAACUAUCUUCCCUGAACAGAUGUGAACCCUAAACAGCAUGUGCCACUGGAUGAGUAUGCUGACAAUUUGAAAAGUAUGAUACAAUACCUCAAGUCUGUAGACAUUACAGAGGAUAAAGUAAUUUUGGUGACGCCACCACCCCUGCAUGAAGCAGCUUGGGGAAAAGAGUGCAUUGCCAAAGGUAAGAGAGUUUUUAUCUCCUCUCAUUUUGGAUGAAGAAAAGAAAAUAGUGUACCUAAGCUCUGACCACUCUAGUGGUCAACCUAUUACAUGUUCUAUAGGAAGUAACUGUCUCAAGUGACAACUGGUGGCCAUUGCUGUGUGAUCAUAGAACUGCUAUGCUAUGAUUUAAAUGCUAUAGAAGCAAAGCAAAAUGUCUUGAUUAGCUGAUGCUUCUGUACAGCAAGAAAAUAGACUUAACACAUUUUUAGUAUUGUGGCAAAUGUAGUUUUGGGAAGUGCUGUAAGUUAAUUUUCACUAGCCUGCUCACAUGGUCUCUGCCAACUUUGUUCCAUCAUCCACACCUCACUAAACUGAAGUGUGUGUGCAUCCAACGUCUUCAAAAUAAGAAUGAAAACAUGCAGCAUUGUGGAUGUAGAUCCGAUUAUUUUAAAAAAACAAAAACCACCAUCCAGCAGUAGGUAUGUGAACAAAAAUAUUUUGCUGUGUACUGAGUUUCCAGGGGUGGAAAACUAAAAAUCCUUGGGGCCUCGCUGCCCAGCCCACCAUGUCCCUUCCUUGCCCUCUCCCAAGACGGUUUUAGGCUUGCAAAAAGCAUCUUGUGGAGCCACUGGAGACUUUUUUUCAAGCAGCUGGAGUGUGUUUUCCAAAGGGAAAUGCAGGCAGGGAGGGCUUGAGAACAGCCUGGUUUUGUGCCCAUAGCUAAGGGUAAACUGCUGAAGGUCCUUUCCACACUCGAGUUUAUUUCUACUCCAACUUUCUAAUUAUACAUGGAGUGUUCAAGAUACAUUGAAGCAUAAUAUAUAACAUCAAGUCAUUACACAGCAGAAAUCACAAUAAACUAAAUUAAAAUUCCAGAAGAUGUAUAAAAGCAAACAUAGGUCAGACCAAAAUGGGAGCAAAAUUGCCCACAUGAAAAGCUCAGAUAUUACUUCAGCAACCUGACUUACCCUAGCAAGUGUUCAUAUUGACAUGCAAUUAGGCUUAUGGAUCCUUGAAGCCAUAUUCAAAUUAUAUUUGGAUGUGGACUUAGCACAAUUAUGAUUUAUCAAAGCAAGAAGCAAAAAUCUAAAGCCCUCCUUUUGUUGACCUUUCCCCCUCCCUGCCAACCCCCAAUUCUCAACAGGUGAAAAAUUAAACCGCCUCAACUCUACCACAGGAGAAUAUGCCAAGGCAUGUGUUAAAGUAGCCAGUGAUUGUGGCACUUCCAUCAUUGAUCUGUGGACACUUAUGCAAAAAAAUAACCAGGUAUGACCCGUUUUAUUUAUUUAUUGGAUUUGUUGGUUGCUUUGUGUUGGGCAAGACAACCCAACCAAUCUCUAGACAUUUUAAUAGUGAGUUUUUAGAAUGUCAUUAGAAACAAUGUGUCAAUUUGGGACACUCAUUAAACUGAAGCAAAUGUUGAUUCAAAGGACCCAUGCCGUGGUUCUGUAGAACAGUAGUAGCUUGCUUAAAUGUGUUUGGCUUUCAUUUCCUUCUAAAAAGUCACCAGACUAGUUUGUUGUAUCUUUUGAAAACAUCCGUUUUAGGACUUUGGCUGCUUUCUCUCCGAUGGACUUCAUUUAUCAGCAGAAGGAAACAAUUUUCUAGCAAACCAGCUUUGGUCACUCCUGGAACAAAGAACAUCAGCACUCCCUGUAAUGCUUCCCUACUGGCGUGAUGUAGAUCAUCUCAACCCUGAAGCUAGCCUUCAGGGGAAUCUUCAUGAUUUAUAAAAGUUAUAAAACAGUGGCUGCUGGAGAGAAAACAGCAGGUAUCUUUUCAAAUACAAAAUAAAUUUUCCUAUAUUUUUAGAUUGUCUGAAUCAUUUCAAUUUUUCCUCAUUAAACAGUGGCAUUAAGCUGUAGCAGUGCCUCAAGCAAUACUUAAGGCAUAUUUAAACAAUCCAGUAAUUGCAGUGACCAACUGAACUUGAAGCGGAGUAAUUCCAUAGUAACUGUAUCAUAAGCUGCUUAACACAAUAUUUUGUGUUUUAGCUAAAAUUAUUUGAACUCCUAUUAACAUUGAGCUACUUGUGUUUACUGUCUCGAUCGUUCCUACAAAAAUAACGCCACAAGUAGUUUAUAUGCUCUUUUUAUUAUGACCAGCUUUUUACCCAGACUUUUGGCAGCAGAGCCACUCCCAUAUUCAGUCCCAAGGUUCACACCAGCCAGGACAUGAGGCAGCUAGAAGCCUGGAGCUGGCAUAGCAAUUGGAACUGAUGUCUCUUAAGUCAUAGCAGUGGAACCAGCUCUGGAUCGUAGGUCAUCUCAGCUUCUUCCCAGCAGGAAGUUCACUGACUUUAGUGGGUAAGAUGAGGAGAGCAACACUAGCAUCACUCCACAGCUGGAGGCUGGUGGAACUGUACCUAUGCCCAUAGCAGGUGAGCGGGUUGAAUGUCAAGUUCAGGAGUCGGCAAGGCGUACCUGGCAUGGGCCGGAUCACUCCUGCGGAGAUUCAGUGCAAUGCCAGAAAUCACGUCUGCGCAUGUUCGUGACGCUGGAAAUUGCUUCUGCGCAUGCCCAGAUGCUGAAAACCGUGCCUGCGCAGAAGUGAUUUUCGGCGUCUGCGCAGAAGCAAUUUCCGGAGCCACGGAAGAGAGUCCCCCGCUGUGCCUGUUUAGCGCAGCACGGGGGGACUCGCUCACCGAACAGGUGGCUCAGUUUGGGGGUGGCUCAUGGGCUGGUUAAACAGUCUUCGUGGGCUGCUUCCAGCCCAUGGGUCUUAGGUUGCCAACCCCUGGGCAAGUUGAUCACUAGAACUGAAUUGUAAGUUGUAAUUACCGUAAUUUCAGAUUACUAUCUCCAGGCAGCACAUAAACUUAAGAACUUGCCUCCCAGGUUUACUUAAGGUUACUAGUUUUCAACAAAUUCAUUUCUUACAUUCUUUAGAUAAAGGGAAGUUUAUAUUUUGUCAUAUUUCAAUAAAAAUUCAAUUGGAAAACAAAAAGUAAGUUUUGAGUUUGUCUGGAACACUCAUGCCACACUGUGUUCUUUGAUGUUUUUGUCCUAUUCAAAUAUUGAAACUCAACUGCCUUUGGCUAUUCAAAAAACGUUUGAGAUAUUUUACGCAGCAUGUAAGAUUAGUGAAUAUUUCUAGUUAUAAAAUACAGGUAUCAGUUUAUUUAAGGCAAGCGACCAUUUCCUAGAAAGCCACAUAGUUGCUUAAAGUCUGGAUUGCUGCCUUCAGCUCUUCCCUUUGUGCUCUUUGGUUGCAUACUGUUGGAUAUCAUUGGCCUAUCUACAUUCUUUAUGUAUUUUCUGACUGCAAGCGGCUAUUUUAUUCAGAGAAAUGAGAUCAAGGCAUGGUAGUAGUUACAGACUUCUGUUUUCAGUGGUGUUGCUCUUUUGCUAGACAAAUAAAUGAAGUGAGAUACAGCAUAAGAGAGGGUUGAAAGGUGUUGCUGUAAUUAAAUGUAACUAGAGAGGCUCUCUGAGCUGACAGCCUCCUAGUGGCUGUGUUCAGACAUCAUGCUAAACCAUAGUUUAGCAUGUUUUCCUGACAAGGGUCUCCACUUGCUGCUUUAGUUCAGCCAUGAGGAGUUCAGAAGCUUUUCUUUCUAUUUUUGCUUAAGCACAACUUACAUUGUCCAAACUAACAAAACUGUGGUUACUGUUGACAUAAGUAGUAGAGAAAAAAUUUAAUUCUGAACUCCUUGCAGCUAUAUUGGAGAAUAUGGGUCGGGGCAAGGGGAGAGCAUAAGAGCUCAGUGUUUGCUCUGACUUGUUCCUAUCAUGCUUUAUGAUUUAAUGUGACUGCAAAAUUGGGCCAGUGUCUAAUUAAAAGUCUAAUAUACAAACCAACAUUAAUCCCACUUCAUAAAAACUUUGGCAAUAGCCAUCACUUAAAUCUUGGAGCUGAAAUAAUUUAGUGGGAUAUCAUUGGAAAAUGGCAGAUAACAUUAAGUUCUGGCAGUGCCAUAAUCCUAUUUCAGUGGCUUAUCUUUAGCAUACAAAAUGCUGGUGUUAACCCAACUACUAAAAUGAAAUGCUUCAUCCUAGUCAAUUUCAGAAUGCAAUAAAAAGGGAAGAACAGUACCUGAACUCAAUUAUAACUAAUCAAUUCUUUGUUUAUUACAGGCAAUCAUGGUAAUAUGCCUUUGAUUAAAUCACACCUCUACAGAAGGUGCAUUUACUACAAAGAGAAGUCAGCUUGCACACAGCGCUUUUAAGGAGAGGUAUAAAAAUCACUUUAUUACAUUGCAUUAGUUCACUUCUCACACAAAAUUUUACUGCUAAGUAAGAAAUCUAAAAUCAGACUAUAGAUACAAAUACCAAAAGGGCACAAGUUCAAGUAUUAGUGUAACAAGUAUCCAUGAAAAAGACACAUUUGUCACAUGUUUCGUUGAUCAGAUAUGAAAAAAUACAAGUCUUUCAUAACUGAGGAUUUUUUUAAAUAUACUUUGUUGGCUUUUGAUGCAGCUAUUAAAUGUGUACAUUUUACACAAAUUAAUGUAGGACAUGAUUAUGUUGCAAAAUAGUUAUUUAAGCAGUAACACCACUUUUUUCUGUCCAUGCAUUUCUAUAGUCACAGGCCCCAGUUUUGAAAUCAGUCUCCUCCUGCCAAUUUAUAUGGGAAAAAAACUUUGCAGGGUCUCAACACCACCCCCAACUAUAAGAAAGGAUAGGGAGUGACCACAUGAAUUCAGCAGCCGACAUGAAGGUGUUAUUGCUUACAGAUCUCAGGAGGUGUCCAAACCAUCCAUAUAAGACAGGCUGCUUGGGGAAGUGGACAGGAACUCUGUUUGGACCUCACCCCCCCAAACAAGCAAAAAACUGUAUUCAUUACACAUCUAUAUGCUUUCAUGACAUCUCCUUUCUAGAUUUGUAUCACACGAAAGCCACGAUCAGCAGCACUAUUUUUAAUCAAAUUUUGGCAGGCAGCAAUUUGCUAGAAUAAAAUUAUCUCCCCACACAGCUGAAGGAGUAAAGUUUCAAUGCACAUUUUUACCCACUUGGUUUUGUAGAAAAAGGCCAUCAUCCAUGACAUUGUCAUGUGCCCUUAAAGCCCUGCUGAAAUAAAUGAAACUUUUAACAUUGCUUAGGUCUCUACUAGCUGCUGGUCAAAAAUUGCAUAAUUAAAAGUCCUGUUUCAAAUGACCAUGAACACAUUUAUCAGAUUUGCUGUGUUACCUUAACGCCUCCCCCAUAACACUUCAUAAGUCUUUCUUAAUUUAAAAUGUUCACCUCAUUUUUCCAUUUUAAAAUAAAAAUACUGCUGAAUGCUGUAAUACAAGAAGGUAAAUCACUACAUAUUGGGGCUUCUGUAUUCUAAAAACUUUGCAGUGCUGUUCAACUACAAAAAGGCACUUUAUAAAAAUACUAAGAAACAAUUGGUAUUAGGCAGAUUAUGCCUCUAUGCCACAGGCUGAAGGAAAUGUUCAAAUCAAGACUACAAGAAAAAAAUUCAAAAAGUUUCAGUACACUUGAGUCUGUGUGUACAUAGCACUCACACUGAAACUAAAGAAGAUCAUACACAUGGCCAGCAUCUGCAGUAGGUCACUUCCUUGUUUCUGUUUUUCAAUACAAUAUAUACACAUACAAGAUAUUUCUAUAAUGAAAUGGCUUUAGUUCAUCAAAUUGAACAUGAUUUUUGCACAUCAGAGCCAACAGCUCCAAAGGCAGCUAGAGACUAGCAUUCCGUUUCUUUGCUGUCCACUCUGUGUUGGCGUUGCAGUUUGAAGGAUGAUGCUUUCUCACUCCUUGUGACAGGAUGAUCUGUAAGAUCCUCAAACGACUUGGCAGUUGUGCUGUUGUUUGGGAAAGGAACCUUAUCAAAGCAAUCAUCAUCCUCCAUGUGAGAGUCUGUACUAGGAUCCUCUUGAAUGGUGUCCAUUCUUUGAUGGUCCAGUUUCGGAACCACCGCUGCCACAGAGACUGGUGCAAUAGGCUGCAGGGGCUGGAGCCGGCUAGUCGAUGGCACUGCAGGAGGCGGCUUGAUAAUUCGAACAGAGGCCGAAUCCAUGCUGCUCAACAUCUCAACAUUCUGCAAGGACACAAACAAGCAGCACAGUUACGGAACAAUACUGGUGGCCGAAAACACAGUGCCAGACCUCUUCAAUCUCUGGGCAAGCUGUCCACAAAUGCUCUGUAGGGCUACCAGGCAGUACUAAGAUUUAACACAGAUGGCAGAAGACUGACUAGCACUACCAAUCCCAGAAUUCUGGCAGAUACAAAUCCUGGCAUCAAUAGUGGCAGAGGAGCAAGUCACUUUAAUUUUGAUUUACUAUGAAAUCUAGGAUCUUGAAGUAACUUUAGUUUAAUUUCUUCAAUAUCUUUUUAACAUGUUGGAGGAGUAUGGGGGAUAGAUGUUUUGGUGCUUGGAACUUUCCAUCUAUCAAUAACGGUAGCCGAUUCAAAUAAAGCAGAAUCCAAAUAAUGAGAGUAGACAAGUGUAAAUGCCCUGGGAACAGGAAUUCCUAGUACUACAAAAUUAGAGCAUUCAGCUGAACAGAAAGCAAGUUCAUGACUUAAAAACGAAAAGAUGUAUAAACCACAAUUCUACAAAACUUCCAGCGUGGUUUACCAUAAGUGUAUCAACUUCUGGAAGAUACAUUUAUUCCAUGGAAAUUUGUUCAUCCUAAACAUCAUGAAUAGUUCUCAGUACUGAGAAGUCUCUGCAAGCCUCUGUCACAUCUGUUUUGUAACAAAUAGGAUACUGAAAACAUUAUUCAGCAAAAAGCAAACUUACACUGGGGCCAAAAAGAGAUUUGGUGUUCUCUUCAUACUGCCUAUCCAGCUUCUUGUCCUAUUAAAAAGAGGGAAAUGUAACAAGUCAGCUAUGGAAGACACCCACCCAUCCCUGUUCACUCCAAUUAACUUCAGGGUAGAACAUUCCCUAAAUGUUUAACUACCCACUAUCAUGAGUAAAGCUCAAGUAUAUUCACCUGCACAUUGUGUUUAAUAAAUGAAGCAAAAUAUAAACACCUGUCUUUAAUUUAAGUGUGGGCAGAAAUUAAAGAGAUCUGUUUCAUGAGGUUUGUAAUUGAAACUUACCACACAGUGUACAAGAAUGCUUAGAGGAAUCCAAAAUAUUAAGGAGAAUACAAGCACAGAUCCUACUAUGUUGUCUGCUAAAAAUUUUCCUGUAAAAACAAAAGCAAAAACAAAAGAUACACCCAAUUUCAGAGGCAGACAAAAUAUAUUUGCGUCCAGUGUUAAGAAUUCUACAAAUAUUUUUCAAGUGGUAGCUAGUCCAUCUGCUGUCACAGGAUCAUAUAAUUUGUUCAGUAGAUACAAUUCUGAAUGACUUGUUUUUAAAUCAGAGUAGACUCACUGAAAUGGACUAAAGUUGAUGAGAAUGAAUUUAAAAACCCAAGAAAAUGUUCAUGAGUACAACUGAUUAUGACUUAGUUGGAUAUAAUGCUUUAUCUUCAAAAUGUUUAAAUGUUACUAUAUUUCCCAAUGUUGUGGAAUUGCAAGUGAGCGCUCUCUUAGUUCUCCAAGACUUCUGUGGGUGUUGUUGUUUUUAAUUAAACUAUUUCAAUUCUGCCCUACAACAGUUGAUCUUUUUUACUGCCAUUUUACCUUAUUACCUGCCAACUUUCAAAUAGUAGGAUUGUAACUCUGGAAAUCUACUUUACCUGUGCUGAGGGGGAAACAAGUUAUACACAAGCAAGUUAACUGGCCUUAAAAAUGUUUUUACAUAACUUUAGUGAAAGAGAUUCUACAAUGUGUUUCCGUGCUGUGACUUAAACCAGCUGAUAGUUUCAUUCUCAGAGACUACUCUGAAUUCUUUUCCUCUUCUUAACUAAACAUGCAGAAAUCAAUUAAGUGUGACCAAAUUGUCUUCACCAUAUCAGUAUUAGAUCUAACAUUCUAAGUAUUUUAAUCUGUACAAUGCCAUAGCGUGCUGCUGGCACGAAAUAAACAAUUAAUAAAUAACUCAGCUGAGCCAAUUGAUGAGCUUUAUCUCCACAAAUGUAAAAUAUACUUUAACUUGCUAGUAAUCAAUUUCAUUGGGUGAUGCUGGGUUCCUCAUACUAUGGGAGGGAGUUCUUUCAUUGACACUUUAUUCCGUGCUUUUAUAAACUGGAGAUUUGUUUUCAAUCUGAGCAUUAUAAAAGCAUGGAAUAAAGUGUCCCUCCCCUAGUACCAGGACCCAGCAUCACCCAAUGAAAUUGAUUACUAGCAAGUUCAAGAUGGGGAGGGGGGAGUUCUUGAUUCCCUCUAUGCUAAUAGUGAACCCAGUCUCCAAGCUGCUUCUUUAUGUAGCCACUGAGAUGAUAUCAGAAGACUUGGAGGAGCCCCAAGGUUUUCAGAAAUAAAAGAAUACAGAAAUAAACAGAAGGGAAUCACCCCUCAAACACAGUCCAAUGGAAUGGAAUGGAGUGUUUGGGUGUAAAGCACAGCUGGCUUUAAGAGUGGAGUAUUCCACACUGCAGUGUUGUUUGUUACACUGAACAAGUGCAUGCAUGUACACAUCAAUUCAGUCAUUUGUGGUCACAAGAUGUGGUAGGGGUGGCUACCAUUGGCUUAGGUAGCUUUUAUUUUUUUUUAAAGACAAUUUCAGGCCCAUCAACAACUGUUUGCCAAGAUAGGCAGAUUUGAACUCUUGUGUCCAAAUUUCCCAUGGAAGGAUUCUCUCUCUCUCUGUGACAGCCAUCUCCUUCAUGCUCUGCUAGCAAACUCUCACCAAACAGAUCCCAGCCUGACCCAAGCAAGGCAAUGCUUGAUUUCUUCUCUCAACAUAUACGUGCUUAGAAAAUAAACCUUAAAGCAAAAUAGGCUACAGUUCAACUACAAUAUGCAAAAAUGACCCGUGUUCGUGUUGUGUUAUCAAGGUCACUUAAGUAUUCAGCAGUAUGCUUUGUACUGCCAUACAAGUUGUAUUGCACCCACUGUCAUUAGAUUUGAUCAUGAGGCCAGAAGCAUCUUCUCAGCUUGGCAACGUAUGAUCUUGAAGUACAGUCUUGCACUUUCCUGCUACCACUUACAAAACAACAUUAAGUACCACUACCCGUGGUGACAUAAAAAUCGGUAACCAAAACACCUGCUUUCAGUGCUCACACUCUGAAAUCAAAAGAUAAAGGCACUGAAUGCAGAACAGCAAGGUUAAGAACAGGUUUAUGGAUUUCAAGGGAAGCUUACCUAGCGUAUUGAUGCUUAGCUGCUCAAUGAAAACCCAAAGCCGCUCGAUCACAUCCUGCACACGCUUCUCACAUUUACCCUGCAAGACAUGAUGUUUCUUAGAAAGCCAUUUUAUCCAAUGUAAAUUUCAGUCAUUCCAUCUUGAAGGAAUGAGUUAUGGUUUAAGGGUAUGUAAAGAUCGGGAGGAAGCCCCUUUAUGUGCUUGGGUGUCAAUUAUCACCUAAUAUUUAGGCUCAAGCCACAGCAUGAAUUGGUAGGAACUUACAGAGUCGAUUUGUUUUGACAAUGCUAUUGUAACACUGAAGAAGCUUCUCGAAGGAAAAUAUGCGAUGUGAAUUAAGACUGCAGCUGGACAUGAGCAGAAACACAGAGCUUUCUUUAAAAGGGGCUUUUCUUCCCCUGAUGAAAUGACUAUGAGCUCAAUACAAGUGUGACCAAGAGCACCAGCCAUGCGUCACAUUGCGAGGAAAGGGCAAAGAAUAUUGUGUGGGUGGAACACUUCGGCUGCAAUCUGAAGGCCUACUUUAGGCAUAACCAAAAGUAAUUUUGUUUUGUUUGAACAGUAGAUCAUAAUGCAUAAAAAACAGUGGUUUUUCAAAUUUAAAUUGAAUUUUACCAAUGUAUUUGCCUCUGCCAGAUAUACUGAGUUAAGAGAAAGAUUUUCUAAGCAAACAAGGAACCAAUUUGAUUUCCCAAAUAUGAAUAUUUAUAGUCUACCAACCAAGCAUAGGUGUUGAAAAGCAAGUAUUGCAUUUUACUCAAUAUCUAUCAGUAUUUGAGUAUUUCUUUUUUGUGAGGAUGGAGUUUACUUGGUGGGCAGGGGGAAGAAAAGAUGAAUGGCCCAGUGCACAGCUUCUUAUAUUCCAAUACUUAAUCUAUCAAACUGCCAUGGGUACUGGUCACAAGAGACCCUAUAUGAGAAUAUUUUAAAUACAUUUCCCUCCAUAGCUUAAAAAAAGAAAAGAAAAUGCAAAAUGUACACAGUGCAACAGAGAUGCAAAACCUGGUAAUAAAAAUGACACACAGUAAAUCAUGUUCUAUUUAGCUGUAAAACUAACACUGUUUAGUGAGCAGAUUCACACCGUUGUUUAGGAAAUUAAGUAGUUUCAAUGGGUGUUAACUGGACACUUUGCUCUAGGUGGCCAGUUUAAAUAAACAAAAACUGCUUAAAAAUCUGCCUAAAGUCCCAUAUGGUAUAUGAAACUACUUGAGUGGUUCUAUGGAUAUUGAUAAAGAGAAAGGGAGGAAAGGUAGAUGGAUAGUGGGGAGAACCAGAAAAUAGGCAAAUGAUGCAAAAACCACAGCAACAGUGUUAAGUUGACCAUUUUGGUUUUGCUCUGGGACCAAUUUUAGGACAUGAUGCGACAAGAACAAAAUUUCACAGUGAUCUAUUUUCUGAUUUUGCACCAAUAUGCUUUGAGGAGGUGAAAAAUAUUAUCCUAACCCUGUAUACACUCACAUUCAUGUCACAGAAUCCCACAGUGCAUGGCUUUCCUUUCCUCAAAUACAGGAAAUUCCGGUUGUCAUCAACAGUUGGGCUGCAUCUCCCAUCCUUGUCUCGACAGCAGACCUUGCAAGAGUUAUCCGUUUCUGAAAUUAAACAUGCAACUUCAUAGUUAGCUUUUGGGAUAUUUAUGCAUUACUCCUUUACGAAAAAGCAAUUUCCCUUUGCUGAUCAUACAGCUUUUCAAUUCAUUAGUCUACUCUUGAAGACCACACUAUUCUAGGAACAAGCUCCUGAUGGUACUCAAACACAGAUAACUUAAAAUUUAUAAGAACCGGCACCCUCCACUCUGGUAAGAAGAAAAAAGGAACUUCAUCAAACCCAGAGUGAAAUGGAGAUAUCCAAGGAUUAGUCCCUCUGCAACAGAUAUUUAAAGCUUCCUUACCAAUCAGUCCCAAGUAACAAGAACAACACCAAAUAAAACAUUUUAUUUCAACUAUUCCAAAGAGUGGCACUGGAAAGUACUAGCUCUGCCACAUAAACAAGGUCAAGAAGUAAAUGAGUAGACAGGGAACUGGGGAAGGGCAUAGAACACAUGCCUUGAAUGCAAAAGGCCAAAUAUUCUAUCUGGUGUCUCCAGGUACAACUGGAAAAAAUUGCUGCCUGAAACCUGAGAGCUUCUACCAAUAAUACUGAGCUAGAUUGACCAAUGGUCUGACUUGAUAGAAGACAGCUUCGUUGCACUGGCAGAGAAACAUUUACCAUUACCAUCUGACCAAAGCUCUAGAACAGUGUUUCCCAAACGUGGGUCUCCAGCUGUUUUUGGACUACAAUUCCCAUAAUCUGACCACUGGUCCUGCUAGCUAAGGAUGAUGAGAGUUGAACAAAGUCUGGCAGUUCAUUCAAGCUGUUACCUGACCUGACCCCAGCGCAGACAAUAUUAGUGCCUGUUAACAGGAGACCUUACCCACCUCUAGCUAAUGAAACAGCGCUCUAAAGGGAAAACGCAUGCUGCUCUCCUUCACUUUGCUAUGUCUGUGGCUUGAGCAAUCAGUUUUCAAUUUCAAAUAAGUCCUGGCUCAUCGUGUAAGGGAACCCUCCUUACCGUUACAGGCGCAUGAACUCUGGUUCUUCCCCCACUCACAGAAGGGUAUGCACGCCCCAUCUUUGCACUUGCCCAAAUCCACACAGACAGUGUCAUCUGGGGCAUUCCCUGGGGGAGGACAUUCACUGCUAUUGCCUAUGAAGAGAUUUAGUGAGAAUUAGCCUUGCAUCAGGAUACGAAUAUCUGGAAAUAAACAAAGUAAGGAUGCAAUCCUAACCCCAUUUACCUGGGAUGAAGUCCCAGUAUAUUUAACAGGACAUACUUCUGAGCAGACAUGUUUAGGAUUUCUAUGGCUUGCUAAGGACAGGUAAGAGGUCCUCACAAGUUCCUUCACACAGCAAGUCUCUCUGAAAGACUUCCCUCAAGAAGAUUCCUACUACAGAUGCCAGGAGGCAAUACUAGAUUUUGCAGGCAUCGACUGAAAGAAGGACAUCUCCCGCACGCAGCUGAUGCCUGCAAAAAGCAGGCUUCUUUCUCGCCCCCAGCCCCUGCUUCCCAUCUGCUGAUGGUCAUAAGAAAAAAAGGGCUUUGCCAGUUCUAUGAUCAGCACAGCCCAAAGAGCCACAUACAGGAUGAACAACUCCAACGGCACCUGUCAAAGUUGGCCAGCGGGAGUAGAUCCAAAUAAAGAUCUGGUUCCCAGAGCCAAAAAAGCUCCACUCUUACGUUCUAUAGCAAAGGCCUGUUUAUGUUUAACAUCCCAAAAUCAGCCUGCCAAAGCAUUUUUGCUUUAUUGCAAUGCCACACAUUAAUGCAAACACUCCCCGCCCCCCAGCCAGGUGAUUCCCAAGUCAGAAACAUGCAUCUCUUAGAAUGCACCUUUCUUGGGACAGCCUUAAAAAUGUGUCGUUAAGGUUAAGUAACUCCCAUUAUUCCAAAACAAGGUAAACACGCUGUACUGAUGGAAAUGGAAAUUAGGAAAGAGCAAAAGAUGCACAGGCACACACUUUUUUAAACAUGCGUAAGACAAAAAGUGAAUGAGUAACUAACAACUACAGUGAUGUACCUGUGCAAUAGGACUCUCCUUUACAGGUGGCAUUGAUGGCUUCCUGGCACUUUUUCUGUGCGCUUUCAAAUUGGCAUCCUUUACAACAGGGGCUAUUGCGAUCACUAGGGGAUGAGAAGGGAGAAAGAAUAAACUUAGACAUCUGAAUAUUCAGGAUUACAAACCCAAAGUAGUAGUAGAAGGAAGGGUCAGAAAUGUCUCUUCGUCUCUCUCCCUCUCUCUCUCUCUCUCACACACACACACACACACACACACACACACACUGCAGUUCUAAAAUAUUUAUCUAUACACUUAAUUUAGACAUGCAAUCAUCAAUUACCCCGCCAGUAAUAAAAAAGAGGCAUAAUAUUUAAUUACAUCUUUGCUAUGAGUUAAGUAGCUGACAACCAGCAAUUCAAUAAUACAGAAAUAUGAGCUAUCGGAGUUUACUCAAAGGACUAGCCUCUUGUUCACUAAACUCAUGUCACAUAAUGUAUGUUAUUAAAAUAAACAGCAUCAUAAAAGUAAAUAAGCAUAAUCAUGUGUUUCCCCAACUAUGAAAAAGAAGAAAACAAACUCUCUUGCCAGCCUCACAUUUCCCACCACCACCCCUUUUGUAGGAAAUAUAUUUCGGCCCUUCACCUGCAUUUGGCAUUUGGCUUCAGCUUGCACUCAAAUGUGCAGCAAGGAUCAAUGUACAGACGCAAGAGGCCUGGGUCACAUUCCUCGUCUUCAUCCACUCUGGAGUUGCCACAUACUUUGUUGUUGCGCUCUUGGAAGCAUUCUGGCGCCUUGGCUUCAAUAGUCCGAAGGAUGGAUUCUUUACUGCAGCUUGAAAACAUCUGAAAGUGUCGAUAAGAAGAGGAAGAAACAAAUUAGUGGUGAGAGAGCUACUAAUUCAGGAUUGUGCAAACCUAUAUAUAAAUAUUAGUUUUGCCGCACAAGUGCAAAAUAUGGUACGGAAUUCAACUGCCAGAGACUGGUAAUUUUUUUUAUUCCUUUCUCAUCAGCAGCCUUCUUGCCUGCAAAUUCAAAGGAAACAAGUGUGUCUGGUGAGAACUCAGAAAGCAGAGUAGACACUUGGUUGGCAUAUAACUCCAAUGUAUACUAGGCCUUAGCCUUCCUCUUCCAUCCACAACCUGAUCUACAGCUUGACAUCUUUUCCUCUGUCCAUUCCUUUUCUUAACCUCUGCCACACUGGUCCUUCCUUACAAAAUAAUUUUUUAAAAAAUAGUUUGACAAUGCAAAUAUUAAGUAAAAUAAUGACCUCCAGGUUCCUUCCCUUUUCCAUUCAACACUACCAUAUGUAGGGAACAAAGUUGCCUACAUAGGUUUGUAAUAUAUGCAUGCACACACUUAUGCGUGCGCACGCGCGCGCGCACACACACACACACACACAGAGGUAGAGAGAAAAAGAAAGAAAGAAAGAUGAUUUUUAAAAAUACCUUAUUGUUUUCAUGAUCACCACUCACAGCAAUUGGGUACAUAACAUAUUUUCCUCCCUGAUCUUCGGUGGGGGCACAUUCUGGCAAGCCAUCAGGAUCAUGCUCUGCCCCAAAGUUGUGUCCCAGCUCAUGAGUUGUAACCAAAUCGGCUUCCUUAUAAAAAUAUAUACACAAAAGAAGCAUGCUCAUUUAGGGAAGUUUUUAAUGUUUGAUGUUUUAUUCUGUUUUUAAUCUGUUGGGAGCCACGCAGAGUAGCUGGGGCUAACAUCACACAGUUUUUUAUAGGCUGCCUUUGAGAAGCUAAUGAAGUGUGUAGUGCUCUAAAUACCUGUAUUAUAAAUGUAAGACUACCAGAUAAUUUUACUUUAACACACAGAAACGGCCAGAUUGCUCACUAGUGGUAGUUAAAGUUCUUCAAAUUUUAUUGGUGCAGCAAAAGGUGAAUAUAAUUCACAAUCAUGUCUUCAAGUGGAAGGGGGGGCAGUGAUGACACAACUGAAAACGGCAGUGUAACACCAGAACUCCUCACUAACCCAUGUUAAUAAAAGCAAAAAGAUGUGUCUAAUUGGAGCUAAUUAAACAAUCCUUUUUGAAUUAAUACUGGACAUGUAUGGAGAAAAUAAACAUUUCAAAGAAAGAUGCCCAAAGCUUGCUUUGAAGUGUAAGAGAGAAUUUCAUCUCACAGCACAAUUGGAGAAGGGCCAAGAGACAGAUUGACAAUGGCACCAAAAGGUCAAAAGCUUUCCACAGAGGGACAGAAUUGCUCACAGAGGUAACUAUGGUACUCAAAAAUAUCAAGCAGGACUUACAGAAAACAAGCUUUGAAACCAACUGAAAAUAACCAACUGGACAAAUAAAAAAUAGAUCUAAUAGGGCAUCAACUCAGAAGCUACUAAGGGAAUUGUAAGGCAUGUUAAGAAACCACUUCCCACAACUCCUUACAAUACCUUUGUAAGGAUAGUUUUGCCAUAGUUCUUUGUGCUGGUUAAGCCACUGUUGAGGUAUACAUUCUUUCCAGCAUUCGGACUAGGAAAAGCUUUUAAAAAAAAGGUAGAAAAUCAUGUUACAGCAUUUAAGAUUCAUUUACACAGCCUUGAUAACCUUGCCUGUUGCCUAAAAUUGAGAACAUCUGCAGUCCUCAGUGGCUUAUCAGAUUCAGCUGAGAUGAAUAUAUUCUCUAACCCUGGUGGAGACCUUAUGACAUGGGUGGCAUUCAGAGCAAGAACUGGACAGAAGGUGAAAUGUUCACAAGUAGAGGCAGGCCUACAUUUGAAACCACCUCUUUUGCAAAUUAUUGCUUCCUGUCUUAGUAGCCUCAAGGCACAACCCCACCAAGUCACUGGGGAGGAACUGCAUGUGUGCAUUAAAGCACACUGGAGUGUGUAGACACAUACCAUGAACUUCAUUCUUAUAAGCAGUGGCUACGAUAUGCUAGAUAGCUGAAAGACAGACGUUUUGGGGAAAUUUAGGUUUUUCUCCAGUUCAAGCCCUUUACCACCACGACCCCCGGAAAAAAACCCCUAAUCUGUAUCCUCAUUAAUGUAUCCUCUGUCUCUUAACAGUAUCAGUAACGCAUAGUGUUGGACUGGUGAUGUACACCAGGGGUCAGCAAACUUUUUCAGCAGGGGGCAGGUCCACUAUCCCUCAAACGGACUAUAUUUGGGGGGGGGGAAAUGAAGGAAUUCCUAUGCCCCACAAAUAACCCAGAGAUACAUUCUAAAUAAAAGGACACAUUCUACUUAUGUAAAAACACCAGCAGGCCCCACAAAUAAUCCAGAGAUGCAUUUUAAAUUAAAGGACACAUUCUACUCAUGUAAAAACACGCGGGCUAGAUUUAGAAGGCACUUGGGCCAGAUCCGGCCCCCAGGCCUUAGUUUGCCCACCCAUGAUGUGUCCCACUAACACAACUUGGAUACCAUGAAUGAAGAAGCUAUACUGCAAAUGCAAUAGGGAUGCUGAGCAAAACUCCUGCUCACUAGAACAGCCUCUGGAUAAGGAGUAAAUCUACAGACCACCAACCCGUUUUAAAAGAGUACAUAUCCUGGAUGUACACUUAUCUUUAGGCACUUUGACAAACAAUAAGCAAACUUGUUAAAUGGGGAAAAACAUUACCUUUUGGGCAGAUGCCUCCAUGGCUGGUUGGCCUUUGAGAUCCGACAUAAGCCAGUCCAAGAGUACCCAGAGCAAAGUCUUGGUAGGUAAAGAGAUGCGCAAGGCACACGCGAGCAGCUCUGUCGGCUAUAUCAGCACUGAAUUGCUGUGAAGAGGGAAAUGUGCCAAACACAGUUUAGAGAAAAUUUUUACUCCAUAAAUGAGACACUGUUGGUUAACAAGCUUUGCAGAUUGCAGCAUCGUUCAAUAGCGAUCACCUGGUCCAUCAUCCUUGUCUAAAAACAGUGACUUGCCCUCAAUCAUUUUUAAAUUGUAGUUACUAACAGGUAGUUUAAAAAAAUUCCUGAAAUAAAGUACUUGGGUACUUGGAGUCUCCUAGAUAAGCCUCUUGGAUUAAAAUAAUUAACACACAGUAUUACUUUUAGCAAGCAUGCGGUAUUACUUGUAGUAAGCAUUCAGUUUAUUAGAAAGACAAGCCUUUCUAAUAAGUGGGGUGCUUACAUUGUAUCCAUCAUAGAACACACGCAGCCUACCUCCAGCAGCUCCUUCACAUCCCAAGCAUCCUCACGGUCAUCUAGAGGACUUUUUGCCAUGUUGUAGUGUCUUUCCCCGGAACGUACAGGUUGUGACUCAUUGUGAACAAUAAUCUAGAUUCAAAAGAUAUAUAAAUAAUUUAAGUAAUUUAGUUCAGAUGCCUCAGUAAGCAAUUUUUUUGAUACACACACUGCUUUCUCCUUAUAAUUCAGAUGAUUCAGAAAAUUAGGUCAGAAUUCUGCUUACGCUGUGCACCUAUUAAGCAUGCCGUUAAAUGGAAUCAGUGUAGAAUGCACCUUAAACUUACUGUAAGUUGAACAUCCUAGUUAUAGGCAGAAAAUUUUGACUAUAAAUGGGGGGCGGGGGGAGUGUAUGGAAAGCUGCCCAGAAUUUCCAGUAAACCAGAAGUUGAUGCAACUUUGUAUAAUUAAACAUAUCAAGCAAAAAAUUGCGAUUUACAUCGUUCGUGUGUACCAUCAGAACUGGAUUUCUCUUGAUGAAGAAUUUUAUCAAUGACACUCUAGCCUGCUCUUCUGUACUACUAUUGACUAUGUUUUCAUAAGGUCCAUUGCAUUCAAUGGUGUGCGUACGUAUACACACACACACACACACACAAAUACACUGUGAUCAAAUCUGAACAUUAUCCGAGGAGUAUUUUCUAAAUACCUGAUCUAUCUGUAUGCCAUAAUCUUUGAAGUCUGCAUUAUCCCAUGAUGUAUUUCGAUAGAUGUCGUCUACUCUGUCUAUUAAUUCAAUCUAGGCACAGAAAAGGGAGAUGUUAUUCAGAUCCAGUCUCUUGUCAGUAGAUUCUGAAACAUAUUUUAACACUUGAAAAGAAAAGAAAAACCCAAGGGAAGCUUUCAAGGAGCUUUGAAAGAGGUUUCCAAAGUUCUGUACAAGGGGUGGGGAAUCUGUGGCACAGAUUGAUACAAUUCCCAUCAUUCCUGGUCAUUGGCUAUGCUAGCGGGGGCUGAUGGGAGUUGGAGUUCAGCAAUAUCUGGAGCGAACCAGGUUCUCCACCUCUGAUUUAGUAGGCAAUACUGCCAAUGUUGUUGGUUUGGGGGGGGGAGAGGAAGAGGAUAAAAUUAAAGCAACAUGUGCAACCACCGUGACCGCUUCCUUUCAGAAUACACAUUGUUAUGAUAUUUUAAACUGCUGUUCAGCAUUUGGAGAGCCCUUCAGGCUAAAACACAUUAUACAAGAUAGUGGGAGGAAACAGCAAAUCAAAUUGGAUCAACAGUAUCCCCAAGUAACAAGAUACACAAACUCUAAGCAUAAGAGAGCCCAUUUUAUGCAUUGUGACUUGAGGUUAUUUCUAUUGGUCAUAGUUUAGUAGUUAUUUAUUGCAAUUAUUAAGAGUGAUUUUCGAUUUAAUUAUUAUUUGCUGAUGUUUUGAGAGUUUAAUUUUAUUAUGUACUAUUAUAAUAUAAUAGAUUCUUGAUUAUUACUUUUAUUCCAUAUAGAGUGGUGCCUCAGGUUAUUAACUUAAUUCGUUUUGGAGGGCCGUUCUUAACCAGGAACUGUUCUUAAUGGGGCCUCCCGCUGCUGCUGCGCCUCCGCUGCGUGAUUUCUGUUCUCAUCCUGAAGCAAAGUUCUUAACCUGAGGUACUAUUUCUGGGUUAGCAGAGUCUGUAACCUGAAGCGUCUGUAACCUGAGGUACCACUAAGUUGUUCCAUUUUAAAGCUAUGCUUCAUUAUGACUUUUUGUAUUGGAUCAGAUUAUUACACGGUGUGUGUUCCUUGUUGCAUAUUUUGUUGCUGCAAACCGCCUUGUGCAUAGUAAUUUAGAAAGGCGGUGUACAAAUUAAAAGUGAAAUGAAAUUAUUGCACUCUACCCCAAAUCAGGCUUUACACAAACACACCCAUAUCCAUAAAAUAAUACUUAAACAUACUCUUCUUAUGUCUAACAGUGACAUUCUAUUAGCUUUCUAACUACAACAGAGUGGUUUUUUUUACAUAUUUCAUCAAGGAAUCAAGAGCAGACAAUAACACUUACCAAAUAGUUAAUUGUAGUACUUUCCUCCCCACGGCCCAUGUUCUUAAAGAAGCGAUAAUCUGCCACCACCAAUAUCCUGCAGGUGUUCUUCAAAGGGUCUGGGGUGGCUCUUUUUCUUCGAGGGACACCUGCUAUUGUGACAAUUAAAGAGAUACCAAGUUGCUGUCACCAUUUAAGACAUCGUUUAUGUCGAAUUGAGUACAGUGGUACCUCGGGUUAAGUACUUAAUUCGUUCUGGAGGUCCGUUCUUAACCUGAAACUGUUCUUAACCUGAAGAACCAUUUUAGCUAAUGGGGCCUCCUGCUGCUGCCGCGCCACCACCAAAUGAUUUCUGUUCUCAUCCUGAAGCAAAGUUCAUAACCUGAAGCACUAUUUCUGGGUUAGUGGAGUCUGUAACCUGAAGCGUAUGUAACCCGAGGUACCACUGUAUUACAUUAACAGA